GCAUCAUCGUCACCACUACCAUUACCAACAUUGCCACCGCGCCGACACCAUUGUCGUAUACGUGCAUACAUAUACGUAUGAAAGAACGACGGCCGUACAUCGUAGCUCGUAGCCGACCGGUUGUACGUUGCGCGCUGCGCUACGCGCGCACCAAACUGUAGUGGGAGACACGGCGUACGGGGAGAAGCCGACCGGUGGGGGGUAGCGCUGAUGGUACGCGACCCCAAGCUCAGUCGUCGCGCGACCCUCGUUCAGUGUGUUUGCGUUAACGUUCAUCGCUAUUGGAAUUUUUUAAUGUCCUUUUGGAUACAUUACCAGUGUAGUGCUCUUACUCCAAACAGAAUAUCAUAACUUCCAAGACUGAACAAUAUUUCUUUCCUUUACGUUGUACAAGUUCUACAUUCUCUUCGUCAUAAACUUUCCCUAUCUUGACAUAUUUUUCGAUUUAUUUUCGUCCGGUUUCCCUCCUUUUCUCGCUCGUCCCUCGCUAUUUUUGCAUCGACCGACCGUCUCGCGAAAACGACCAGGAAAAGUGUGAAGUUUCACGAGCAGGAGAACAAAGUAUACAUACGGUGUAUCGAGUAUAGAUAUCCCAGAUUGGAGAUAUACUGAAACGAUACCGAAGGUAGUGCGCGAGAACCUGUAUAUAAUACCUGCGAGUCUCACCGGCGGAACAAAGGAGUGCCUUAGACCGAACGGUUGCAACGUGGCGUUUUGAAAUCGCGCGCAAACCUUCCUAUUUCGUCUGUUUCGCGAACAGACGGAUGCUCGCGAUGGGAAUCACCGUGCGAGCCUCGCCGUUCUUGGCGAAACUGCCGCAACGAUCGUGUCACUGUUGAGAAAUCGCCUCGACUAAGAAACCACCGUGCAUCCAAGCGUCGGAGAUACGAAAAAGAUGGGAUACUGUCUUGAAUCAGUGGAUCGUGAAACAAUUCGCAUGGGUCUACUAUCCAGGUUGUCGUAGCUCGUUUGGCAACAUCAAUCGCACACGAAGAAGUCGCGAUCGUCUGGGAAGAAUCGCGACCGAUGAAGCUUGUUGUCGUUUCUGUUUUACCGAUUUCGACGAAGGGUGAGAGAAACAGUGGGAAAAGGCAGUGCAAGAGUGAAACGAGUGAUCGAAUAGAACGAAUAUCGAGUUAUGCGUGCGGUGAGUUGUUUAGUGAUUUGACCAGCGCGAUCGAGGAGAUCGAUACGAUCAUCGAUGCCGCGUGCUGGCAAAACCCGCGCACUGUUGUCGAUUCUGGGUGAAAGUCGCUGCAACACGGAACUCUGUCCUGCAGAUCGCAUGGAGCCACUCAAUUUGUGUCUCUCGUCGUUCCGUUCCGUUCGCCCCAUUCGUGGAAUUCAUUUUACCCAAAGAAUGGAUAGGAUCCGAGUGCCGAGCACCGCGACGAUUAUCGCCGUUACCUUGCUGCUUCUGCAUCCCGCAGCGGCACAGGGUCGCGUCGAGGAGACGCAGAUGGAUACGCACGAGGGGUCGACGGUACAGCUGCAGUGCCGCUUCUCCCCGCCAAGGGAAAACGUAACGUGUUUCUGGUUGACGCACACCAACGACAAUCACGAUAACGCGGCGAUCGACAAUCUUGCGUUAUCACCUCAGUAUAAAGUGUUCAUGAACCUGGAGGAAGGUCGAUACGAUCUUCAGAUACGAAACGUCUCGUACGAGAGAGACAACGGCAAGUACGAGUGCCGUGUGAAAGCGAGCGGCACGGGGCACGACCUGCAUCGGAAGUUCAUCACUCUGACCGUGCUCAGGGCGCCGGGGCCACCAACCAUUUCACCGACCUCCGCGUCCGCAACCGAGGGCCAAAAACUUGAAUUACAGUGCAAUACAAACGGUGGCAGCCCCGAGCCAGAAGUCAGAUGGUACCGAGGCAACGAAACCUCUGUUCUUCAUUCUGGUAGGACGUUGUCGGUCGAACCGAAAAAAGAGGAUGACAGAGCGACUUUUCGUUGCGUGGUGAGGAACCGAGCUAUGCGCGAUGGUGAAACGUUGAACGCUACGAUAACUCUCGACGUCAACUACUUUCCCCGGGUCACCGUGGGCCCGGAAAAUCCCCUGAAGGUCGAGGUAAAUGGAACCGCGAAUCUCGAGUGCCGCGUCGACUCCAAACCAGCUGUUGGGAUGGUACGAUGGUGGCGAGACGGAAGUUUUGUAGCCACUAGCUUUCAGCAUACCAUGCGAAAGGUCACCAUUCAAGAUGCCGGCAAAUACACCUGUCAGGCGGACAACGGAUUGGGGAAAAGAGGCGAGAGUUCCCUCCUGCUGGACGUUCUUUAUCCACCGACCGUCUCGAUAGAGGGCGAUUCUCUCAGAAUCGCCGAGGUCGAGGACACGGUGACCGUGCACUGUAACGUGACAGCAAAUCCUCCGCCAACGGUGAUCGAGUGGUUGCGUGACGGUCGACCGGAUUUUCGACAACUUGGCUCGAUCCUUCGACUGAGUCGCGUCACAGCCGAUUACGCUGGAAAUUAUACUUGUCGCGCGGUGAACACCAUCUAUCCUUCUGGCGGCGAUAGGCGAAACUACUCUACCACUGCUCGAUUGACCGUUCGAGUCAGGCACAAACCGGGACCAGCAAGAGUCACGCCGGACUCUCCAGUCGCUGUCGAAGGAUCCAGAGUUAUUCUCACCUGUAUGGCCAGUCCGGCUGGCUAUCCAGAACCCAGGUACAAAUGGUGGAAAGAGGGAGAGUCUGGAACGAUAUCGAUAACCUCGGAGAACACCGGUCCGAGAUAUGAGAUCGAUUCGGUUCAUUUGGGUAGCGAAGGAACGUACAAGUGCCAUGCCACCAACGAGAUCGGCAACGGAGAGGCCGCGUCCGUUAAUCUGACUGUGCACCAACCGCCCAAAAUACUAACUAAGUUACAGCCACACGUUACCAGGAAGGUCGGCGAGUCAUCGUUUCAAGUGUCUUGCGUGGCGCAGGGCAAACCUCGACCGAGUGUUCGAUGGUUGAAGGACGAUCAAGAGUUAACUGCGGACGAGAGACUCUACAAGGUGACUACCACAGCAUCGGAGGGUCACGGGAACGUGAUCACCGUGAAUUCGACGCUGAGCUUCCUGGGCCAUGCCCGACCACAGACAGACGAGAUCGUGGCCAGCGAUCGAGGCAAAUACACCUGCGUGUUCGUGAAUGAGGUCAAGAAGGUCGAGUCGACGAUGAUGUUGAAGGUGGAGCACGAGCCUAUCGCCCUGCACCAGCAUGGGAAAGUCGCGUAUAAUUUGAGGGAGACGGCCGAGGUGGCGUGCAAAGUGCAAGCAUGGCCAAAACCCGAAUUUCAAUGGAGUUUCGGCACCAAUACGGCCAGUUUGCAAGGAUCUUCGAGUGACGGCCACUACGAAAUUUCCACAAGCAGCGACAACUACGACGUAUACACGUCUGUACUCAAGAUAACUAACAUUCGAGAGUUGGAUUACGGAGAUUACAGUUGUAGAGCGGCAAACGCUCAAGGUAGCAUUACUUCGACCAUCAGACUGCAACCAAAAGGCGCGCCAGAAAGGCCCAUCAAUAUCUCGGCAAUGGACGUUGGUCCGACACACGUAGCCUUGCUCUGGGAGCUCGGUUUUGACGGGGGACUACCCAUCACCAAGUACUUCGUCUCCUACCGUAGAGUACCAGGUGGUGACGAAAUUGUAGCACCAGAUUGUGCCGUUCCUAGACCACCGGCUGGUCAGUGGCUCGAAUUGGAUUGUCGUCGGUCUAAUCCAUGUAAUGUAACUAAUCUGGAGCAACAUCAGACGUACACGUUCAAGGUCAAAGUGUAUAACACGAAAAAUCACUCUGAUUAUUCGGACGAGGUAACUGCAACGACCGCUGUCGCAAAAAUUCCAUCGCCGUUGAGGAUUAGCUACGAUCCAGAGAGUGGAAUGCUUGCCAUCAGUGUCGGUGCCACUUGCCUUUCGUUGGUCGCGUCGAUCGAGAAGUAUGAUGGGCCGUCUUCUUCCACGGAUGAAUCGCAGUGGAGGAUUCUAGACGAGUGGCCUCUCGAGGUACUUGGAAGUGCCCCGACUCAGAGGGAAGGAGUUUUGGAUGACCUGGACGCUCUCGAUACCACCGAACCUAGGCUCAGGGUUAGACUUUGCUUGAAGGCGGAUCGACAAAAAUGUGGCGAAUACGCGGAGGCUGAAAUCGGUCCUUCGUAUAUCGCUCAAGCUGGAGCGCUUGCAACGCCAACCUUGAUCGCCUUGGUGGUUAGCGGCGCCGUGUUCUUACUGUUCGCCGCGCUGUUGUUGCUCUUUUGUCGGUGUCGACGAAAGCACGUCACCAAGGCCAAGGACUACGAAAUGGAUUCGAACGCGGUUCGACCGAGCCUCGUCGCCGGAAACGGACAACAGAGCCAGGCACCGCCACCCUACUACGCGGAGAACAAAGCCCUCGAACACAGUUUGGAUCACGCGUUAGCUAUGGAGGAUUCCAAGACCCCGGCAUACUCGCAACCCGGCUACGGAUAUCAUCAACCAAACCACAACAUCAAUGGCGUCAACAUGGGCUACAUGGACAACAGUUACUCGAACUCAAAUAACGGUGGCUCGGUGAACUCGCAAGACUCCAUCUGGCAGAUGAAAUCGGCGGCCGCGAACGGUGUUGGCCAGCCUUACGAUCUGGCCGGCUACGCAACCACCGAGUCGGAUUACCCAACCCACCCUCAUUACCUUCCACAGAGGGAGGAUUACCGGGAGAGCCAUAAUCUAAGUCGACAGCAGUUUUGCUCGGAACCAUUCGCCACCGUCGUAAAGUCUCAAAAACACGUCGAUUCACCGUACGACGUGUCCGGUCUACCAUAUCAGGAGAACUACGACGAGGAUGCGAAGCCACCUCAGCAGGUCAGCCUGUCGUACGAUGAGAGCCUCGAAUCAGGUUACUCAACCCCGAACAGCCGAGGACGGCGAAUCAUUCGUGAGAUAAUUGUUUGAGAUCUGCCUACCGGCUCGCGAGCCGGAAGCACCACUCGCACCACGUGGCUAUAGCAGGAGGCAGUUCCCACCGGUGGUGCCACGUAUCAUCCGGUGGAUCAUUCGCGCGAUCCUCUCCGCCAUAGAAUGGAGAUAGUGAUCGAGAACCCCGUGGAAUCACCACCACCGCCGCCUCCUCCGCCACCACCCCCAUUACAGCCGUUGACGAUGUCUCCGUGGAACGCCAUCGUCACGGCUUCACCGACUACCUUCUCCUCGUCCAACGUUGUCGCGUGCACUUCAAUGCCAGUUACUACAACCGUGAUGACGAUAACCAUCGCCGAAAAUCCCACCGCAACUCCCAGCUAUCCCGUACCUCCUGUACGAUUUUCUUAUCGAGAAACGUACACUGCGGCCAAUUCGCUACCAUACGCCGGCGAUCCGUACUUCGCCAUGCGACGUAAUCAGCCAUCUCGCGGAAGAUCGUACAAUGAUCCAGACGGAGCAUCACCGACGGUUCGACGCAUCGACAAGUCUGGACUGUUAGGUAUCACCGAAUCGGACGCGUCUUCCUUAAGAACCGGCUUGAGGUCGCCAAGAUUUCUGUCUGGAAUGAACACCGUCGCUUCUGGGAUGCUAUCGCCUCGAAGAUUCGAGUGUACCGGACAACUGGAUCCAGUACCAGAGAUUCCAGGGCAAACCAGCCGGGCGAACGUAACACCGGGUGCCGCGAAUACAUUCCCCGUCGCGUCCACUGCCAACCUGCCUUUAAUCAGUAUAACGUCGCCGAUGAUCGGACAAGAAAGGAGAGACGCAACAUCUCGACUCGAUUCCUGCGAAACGCUGUCCGUCGCUAACCUGGCAAAGCCAAUGAAGUCAACUUCCUUCGAUUCGCUUGAAUCUCGCCACAAAAUUAACCGUUCGGACGCGAGAAGCACGUUAAAAGCAUUCAAUCGCGAUCUGGAGGGAAUCGAAUCGUCGAAUUCGCAUGUCUCGAGGUACGUUUCAUCGUUUCAGUUACAAGAAAAUUGCGAAGCUAGAGCACGUACUUUAGGACGUUUAUCGAAGUUCGCCCUAGCUAGAAACGAUCGCGACGGUACCGCCACGGUCGAGAGUCCCGAUAGAUAUUCGGAGACCUGUUGCAAUUUUCCCUUCACCGUUCGGGCGGUGACAGCAUUUUCGGGUUUCGAGGGAACGUCGAGUCUCCCAACGACUAGAGUCACCACGACUACCGUGACAACGUCGACGACUACGGUCGCAGUGUCUGUAAUGGGAAACACAGACACGAACGGCAAACAAGAAAACAUUGAGGAGUGCAAUAAUCGAGCGCCGGAAGAGAUAAGAGCGGAAGCGGAAGGCUGCGAGCACGGUCCAUCAAGGGACCCGCUAAUAGAUGGAGAAUCCUCGCAGAAGACCGACGAAUUGGUGGACAACGAUGGGAUUCAAACGUUACGAGUGAUCAUUUUAUCGGAACAAUUGUGAAACUUAAAGAGGGCAGCUGAUCGUUUAAACGGAGGCAAAUGAAAAUUCGUUUUUCGCCGACCGAUGUAUCGUUCGAUGUGUAUUAUAUUUAAGUAGUAUGUAAGUACAAGCCGCGACAAAGACAGAUGAUUGAGUUUUGAGAGAGAGAGAGAGAGAG